AUGGCCAUAACCUUUCUCAUUUCCCAUUUUACCCCUACAGCCCUACUCUAUUUCCUCCUCCUGUCCUCCUCCAUCCAUGCCCUCAACAUCACCACCCUCCUCUCCCCUUAUCCUGACUUCUCUGACUUCACCGACCUAAUCUCCUCCUCCAUCUCCGGCGACCUCCUCCCCCGCUCCUCCCUCACCCUCCUCGCCGUCCCCAACCCCUUCCUGUCCUCCACCUCCGCCCUCACACGCCGCCUAUCCCCCUCCUCACGCGCCGACGUCCUCCGCUACCACGUUCUCCUCGAGUACCUCUCUCCCGCCGCCCUCCUACGCAUCCCCUCCUCCGGCAAGCUCGUCACCACCCUCUACCAGACCACAGGCCGCGCCACCAACAACUUCGGCUCCGUCAACAUCACGCGCGACCCCUCCACCGGGGUCGUUUCGAUCCGCUCCCCGGCCCCCUUCUCCCCCUCAAACGCCACCGUUUUGUCCCUCGUCACCAACCUCCCCUACAACGUCUCCAUCUUCUCCGUCAACUCCCUCCUGGUCCCUUACGGCUUCGACCUCAUGGCCUCCGAGACCCGCCCCCCUCUUGGCCUCAACAUCACCAAGGCCCUCAUCGACGGCCACAAUUUCAACGUCGCCGCCUCCAUGCUCGCCGCCUCCGGCGUCGUCGAGGAGUUCGAGGCCGACGAGGGCGGCGCUGGCAUCACCCUCUUCGUCCCCACCGACACUGCGUUUUCGAAUCUCCCAUCGAAUGUGAGGCUCCAAUCGCUCGCAGCUGACAAAAAGGCCGUCGUCCUCAAAUUCCAUGUCCUCCAUUCAUACUACCCACUGGGCUCGCUCGAGUCGAUCGUGAACCCGGUUCAGCCCACAUUGGCUACAGAGGACAUGGGAGCCGGCUCGUACACUCUCAACAUCAGCAGAAUCAACGGGUCGGUGGCGAUCAACACUGGGAUUGUGCAGGCCUCGGUCACCCAGACUGUAUUCGAUCAAAAGCCCGUGUCAAUUUUUGGGGUUUCUGAAGUUUUGCUGCCCAGAGAGAUCUUCGGGAAGAACCCAAUUUUAACUCCCAAGCCCGGGACGCCAUUGCCCGGUAGCGGUGGAGCUCCGCCUCCAAACAUUUCUCCCUCACCGGAGAGUCUAACUGGGCCUCCAUCGCACCUCUCUUCGCCGCCGGGUUUUCGCGAAGAAAUCGGAUCCGAAGCUGCGGCGGCCGUUGGUGGGCUGGGGAGCUUUGGGAUUGCAUCGUGUUGUAUAGGACUGUAUUUAAUGGGCAGCUAG